UAAUAUAUAUAUAUUAUAAAUAGGGAUAACUAAUUAUAAAAAUUAACUUAGGAAAAAAGAUGAAGGGAUAAGUUUGAAGUGGCGCAGGCUAGAGAGAGAAAAAAUAGUGGGAGGAAAAAAAUUCAUCGGCUAAGGAAACGGUUUAAGGGGAAAAAAUAAAAAAAAAUAUAUUAAAACACUAAAAAAACCGAGAAGUGCGGAGAAGUCUUGGAGGCUUACGUGGAGGGGGUCAUAUUUUCAAUCUGCUUUAAUAUAUUUUAAGAUUUAUUUUAUUAUAUAUAUAUAUUGCCUUGGCUAGUUUAAUGUGUGGUAGGAGUAUAAAAAGGUUUUUAAUAUUAUUUGAGAUCUCACUCGAAUCAUCAUUCACCACCCUACUUUCUCACAAAUAAAUAGACUGGUGUGAUUGUGAGUGUGCAAGUGCAACCAAUAAAAAUAUAGUUUAAUCUAACAGAAUAAAAAUGUUGUAACAUGUUUCAACCAAUAAAAAUAUAGUUUAAUCUAACAGAAUAAAAAUGUUGUAACAUGUUUCAAAAUAUCACAAACGAGGAUUGAUCUUUAAUUUUCAAUCUCAAACCCCCUUGAUCUUUAGGUUUGAAUCCCAACCCAAAACCCUAAAUUGUAUAUAUAUUAGUUCCUUUCGUCACAAAUGUUUACUAUUGUAAACACACAAAAAAAAAUGAAAUAAUGAUCAACAAGCAUGCCUAGAGCACAGUUUCAGUACAGUAGAGUGGAAGACCACAUUCAUUCCACAUAUAUGCUGAAUGGGACAAAAGUAGCCGCAAUCCCGUUCUGUUUAGUACAAACCAAAUAAUCUAAUGACCUAGUGACGCCGACCGUGCUGCUUUGAUUAUGAGUAAUUAAAUUAAAGAAAUCUAAAGUUAAUCUUGAUUAGUAAUUUACACGUGUUUAGCUUCAGAGAGAUGUUUUUUUACCAGCUUAAUCCAGGGUUCAAUGUUGGAAGUUAGAUUAGAUCUUUAAAUGAUUAAGCAACGGGAUCUGCAGUAUUUGGAAGAAGAAGAUGGCCUGAAACUUAGUCCAAACAAUGGAGCAGCUGGAAAAGCAAUGUGAGAACAAUAGAAUCAAGCAGCAGAACAAGGCAAAAAGCCACUAAGUACUAUUUGGAUGGAUGGUGAUAUCGAUUCCCUUUCCCAACCCCUAUCCUCCACUCCAGCCACUAACUACACGAUCCGGGGGCGGAGCCAGAAAUACGAAUGAGACGAGACGAGUUCGACUUGAAUUGCGAUAAUAGAGGAGGAAGGCUAGAGCAUUGAUUAUGCACCUUCUAUUCUAAUUUUCUACGUUCUUCAAAAAUUUACUGUGUAAUGUUGCUUCUGUUUGAAAGUUGAGGAGGACCGACUACAACAACUAAGGGUGUACGUGCAACGGUUUAGCCCGAACUUUGGUCAAACUUACAGGCACCACACGGUCCAAAAAAUACAAUUCGAUCCGUUUUGGUCCGCUGUUCAAAUGACAGUUUCACCCAUUUUGCUUCAAUAAUUAUAAAAAAUUCACGGAACCACACCGGACCACAUUAUGUUUAGUUCAGUAUGAUCUGAUCCGAAAGUCGACUUGACUCAUUACAGUCUCCUUGCAGUACUUCGUCUCCUUCCUAUCCUUCCUUCCUUCCUUCCGCCUUUCCCAACCUUUGCUCUCUCUCUCUCUCUCUCCCCCCCCUCUCUCUCUCCCCAUUCCUCUUCUUAAAUCUAAUCUUUCCCAAACCAAACCAAACCAAACAUCAUCAUCCAGCUAAAGCUAGCAAGCAAAAAAAAGCAAAGCUCGGAAAAUGAUGGAAGACGACCAGUACUACUUCUUCUACCCCAACUCCACCACCACCACCAACCAGAUUCACACUGCUACCAAGCAGCAGCUUCACAGCGACAUGCUCAACACCAUCCACCACCAACAACAACAAGAUCACCACCCGCUAUUCCAGUACUACUCGCCACCUCCCUCUUCUCCUCUCCUCCUCCCCCUUCCUAAUUACUACCACCACCCCGACAUGGGAUCUGGUGGUGGUGGCGACAGCAACACCACCACCAUGAUGAUGAACAACAACAUAGUUGACCUUACCAGCAGCUUCCUCCUUCACCACCACCCGAAUCACCCUCCUCCUGCUCCUCCUCCUGCUCCAACCCAUGAUUCCACCACCACCGCGGUCUCAGAAACCCCUCCUAAGCCGAAGAACAAGGCAAUGAACAGGAAGAGGUGCUGGAGGAGGGACAGGCACAGCAAGAUCGAGACCGCCCAGGGCCCGCGAGACCGACGGAUGAGGCUCUCCCUCAAGGUGGCCCGACCCUUCUUCGGCCUCCAGGACAAGCUCGGGUUCGACAAGCCUAGCAAGACCGUGGAGUGGCUGCUCAACCAGUCCCGCAUCCACAUCGACCACCUCUUCUCCUCCUCCUCCACCACCACACAACAACAAGAAGCCGCGGAGAUGGCCAUGAAGAUGAACUGCAUGACCUCCUCCACCGCCACCACCACCACUGCAACUCCUUCGCCUACUUUCGAUCCAGUACUACUAGCCACGGUAGAAGAGGGACUCGAUAGCAGCAGCGUUGUUACGGAAGAUCAUGACAAGGAGACGACGACGAGGAGGAGGAGGAGAUGCAGGAAGGAGGGCUCGAUAACAACCGCUACUGCUAGUUAUAAAUCGAGUCCGCGGAAGACGACUACGAAGAUGAUGAAGAUGAAGAAGAAGAAGAAGGUGGUGAAGAAGGGAAUCGUCUCAUCGGUGGUGACGAGGAGGGAGGUGAGGGAGAAGGCGAGGGAAAGAGCGAGGCAACGUACCAAAGACAAAUUGCUCAUCCUCUCCAUCUGCAGAUCUACUACUAAUGCUACUACCAUGGCAAAAACUACUAGCUCCCCAUUUCACCGCCAAGAUCAUCAUCAUCAUGACCAGCUGCAACAACAACAGCCGCAGCAGCCGGAAUUUCAAUCGUUCCACGGGCAAUGGGAUGCGGUGGCUGCUUACAAUUACCACCUCCACCACCAACAGCAUCCCCAACCUAGUUUGAUUUAGUGAGUGAGUGGAUAUAUAUAUGGUUGGAAAAACUGCAUGGGAUCAAAGAUUGAUCAUCAUAACUGUAUAUAUGUUCCUGGUGAAAUUCCUUUCCUUACUUCCAUGUAUCUAUCUAUCUGUCUAUCUGUAUCAAUAAUCUAGUUCAAAGGAUGUGUUGCUGGCUUUUUCUGAUGUUCAUCCCUCUCCUUAUCUACUUACUACUUUUGUUUUCUUUCCUCUUAGCUACUUCUCCAUUAUAUGUAGACGUGUAGUUCUCUUUUCUUUGCCCUUCUUCUCUUCUUGGUCCCCGCCUAGCCCUUUUCAAGGACAUAUUGGGUUCCUCCGGCUGUUAAUCCAUCAUGUUGGAUUUUUUUUUUGGGAGGGUUUUUUCUUCUAGUAAUUGAGAAAUUUGGUUUUGUGUUAUGUAAAAGGAAAGUUUGAGUACUGUUUUUUGGGGAUAUUUAUAUGAUGAUUAAUUCUUCAUCUCUCUCGAACAUGUCUCGAAAGUUCUGAAAUUUGUCUCUUAACCGACGGCUUCAAAGAAAUGUCAACGACUUAUUCGUUUGAUUUAAAGUGAAACAACCAAAUUCGAUUUUUGCCUUCAGCUUCCCUUAUGCAGUGAAAUUUUAACUUGAUAUACUUUGUUCUUCCUUGAUUAAUGGAUUUUUUCUUCUUUUUUUGCGAGAGCAUCCAAUAACUUGUGUUGUCUCAGUAAAUUGUUGUAGCAUUAGGAUUGAGACAUUCUAGAUCAGACAAACAAAAUUUGAUCCAAGAUUAAUUGCUUGGUUGACUGUCCAUGAAGGAGUUAAGUAUUUAGCUUCAUUUGCUAGUUAUGCAAUUUGUCAGAAACUCAUUAUUUCGGUACUCAUCAGACAAACAAAAUUUGUGAUCCAAGAUUAAUUGCUUGGUUGAUUGUCCAUGAAGGAGUUAAGUAUUUAGCUUCAUUUGCUAGUUGUGCAAUUUGUCGCAACUCAUUUAACGUUAUUUAUUAUUCAGGAUGUUUUUAUGUAUGUUGGCUAUUUUGGGAACUCUUGGGGCUUAAUUGGUCAGAUUAAUUAUUCGGAUAGGUGUAAGGAAUUAGUUGGAUUAGAGGAGAAUUGGAGGUUAAGCAAUAUCAUAAUAAUUAUUUCCUACAGUUAAUCUCUCUCCACCUAGCCGAACCCUCUCUCUCUCUCUCUCUCGACCCUUGUCGUCGGCCUCCCUCCCCGAGAACCGACUUCUGCUUCUUCCUCAUCCCCAUUCCCUAUUUUUUCUCACUUAAAUCCCUAAUUCUCUCGCCAAUCGUGUAUCAUAAAUAUCACACCUAGAUCCAUGUUCUUUCACAAUUGUUCUUGAUUUUCUUGAUUUACAUGCAGUUACUCUUGAGGCAAUGAAAAUGCAAAUUUUGAAGUGUUCUUCGUGUCAUCGACACUUUCGAUUCAAUCAUUGUCAAUGAAACUUCUCAAUCCUUCUUCUGAGUUCUGUCUUAUAAAAAAUUUAAUAGUCUGCAACGCCUCGUAAAUAUUGAAAGGUUCUUUUUCAAGCUCCAAAGUGUAUUUUAUUUUGUGUAUGCUUAAAUCUAGACAACAUACUUGCUGCAAACAUCAAACAUGGUCUAGUGGUUGCUAAGUAGAGUAAUCUACCUACCAAACUUUCAAAAAAAAAUUCCAUUCACCAACGUCUAAUCAUAUGCUUUUGACAAAUUGUUAUUUGCCUCCAAAUUUGCAUUUAUCCAUCUUGAAUUUCUUCAAGAUGUCUUCAUCAUAUUUCUUCUGGUAAACAAAGAUUCAUUCCUUUGUUUGCCCAAUUUCCAUGCCCAAAAUGUAAUUCCUUUCUCGAGGUCUGACAACACUAACUCAUUCUUAUGUCAUCCUUGAUGUUUUGGCUUUAUUCCUAAUUAUUCCAUGUGAUAAGUAAAUCUUACACGGUGUAGGGAAACAAUCAGUAGAUUUUAAGAGAUUAAGCGAGUUAUUAGUUUUUGUGAGAAGUAAACCAUACAUGUUUUGCAUUUGUUGAUGGAUCCAUUGAAAUUUAGUCUUGUCCAAUAAAACCAUUUGACACUAAUUAAUGAUUUUCUUUUGCUUAGGUCUAUCAACUAACUCCCAAAUUUAAUUUUUUUCGACCAUAUUAACUCAUCCUUUAUGGUAGUAUUUCGUAUUGGGAUGCUUCUUUAUAGAUGUGUGGUUUAAUAAAAAUUAGCUCAUCUUUUUUCUUGAUUGCGCCACGUAUCCUCUGCAGUAUUUUACAUUAAAAGUUGUGGAUUUGUAAUACUACCUUAGUACCUUUUUUUUUCUCUUUGCCAUAGUACCUUGUUUGAGAGGGUAGGGAAAAAAAAGGCUGAAUCAGGACGGGCUUUAAGCCCUAUGGUCCCCUUGUUUCAGCCUGUUUAUUAGUAUGCGUGGUGGGUAGCCCAAAUCCAGUUAGAUCGAUGGAAGCCCACAGGUGGGCCUGGUCAUGAUUCUUAGAAUCAAAUCACACACCGACACAGCAGCAUAUAUCUAAUCUAACUAUCGUCACCGCUAAACAUUUUUUUAUCAUAAAAUUCAUCACUUACUUUCAACACAACUAAUAUUUGAUUUAACACUAAAAAAAUAAGGUACGUACCUUAACUACUCGCGGCCAUGCAUGCACUGUUACGUUUACCAGAGGUUUUGGUUCUUGCUAGCUAGAUACUACUGGAUUUUGGCUCUGCUUUUUUGUGAAUGGAUGAAAGCACAAGGAGAAGAGGAAAGCAGAUCGAUGGAGUCAAUAAUGGAGAUUACACCCACGAGACAGAGACGAGAUCGGCCGAGGAAAAGCUGGUGAUGAAAUAGAUUGAGAGAGAGAGACAGAGAGAGAGCACGAGAGACAGAUUGAGAGAGAGAGAGCAUGAGAGAAUGAAGUAUGUGGAAAUGCAGCAAAGCAAAUGAAGAAGUAUAUAUUUCCUGCCUUCUCCUUUCACUUCUUUUUUUUUUUUUUUUUUUUUUGGUAUGGAUCCAAUCUUAAGAUUAUAUAUCUCACAAAAGAAGAUCACCCAAGUUUGACUCCAAGGGUGAUCAUUAAAGACGAGUAGCUACUAGCUAGCUAGGCUCCGAGACAAAAAUUAGGACCUAUUCAAACUGAAACUUUUUCUUGGAAAAAAAAAUGCAAUUAUAUAUAGAGGUUUUUUUAACCGUUGAUGUUUCUGAUCUAUAUAUAAAAAAAAUUGUGUCUAUUCAGGACUGUUUUAAGAAACUUGUGGUCUAAAUUUGACAGCAAGUCGUUGGUAUUCUGCGUAAUUUCUACAGGGGCAUCUACGUUCAUAUUCAGCAUGGAAUUGUGUACGUACAAUAUUAAUUAUUAUGUGAUUAAAGGCUUUAUAUAUGAAUGUGGUUAUCAAUGUAUGGCGUACGACUCGGCGCAUGAUAUCCGUAUAUAUGUUGUUAAUUACUCUUUAGAUGUAAUUUAUCAAAAUUGUGGGUUAUUAUUUUGUUAAUUAAAUUAAUCUUAUGAUUUGGGUAGGGAUUGGGGUUCACCAGGUAAAAGAUCCGUGUGUAGUAUCAUGUCUCAAAUUUUAAUUAAUUUAUGGUCCAAAUAAUUAAAUUCAUUAGGC